AGUAUCUCGAAUCUAAAACGCCCGAUGGCUCGUACAAAGCAAACUGCUCGCAAGUCUACUGGUGGAAAAGCUCCAAGGAAGCAGCUGUCUACUCAAUAUCAUAAGAAAACGACUCCAACAACCGGAGGUGUGAAGAAGCCUCAUCGUUAUCGUCCUGGAACUGUUGCUCUUCGUGAAAUCCGCAAGUAUCAGAAAAGUACCGAUCUCUUGAUCAGAAAACUGCCGUUCCAGAGACUUGUUCGUGAAAUCGCUCAGGACUUCAAGACUGAUUUGAGGUUCCAGAGCCAUGCUGUCUUGGCACUUCAAGAAGCGGCCGAAGCAUACCUUGUGGGACUAUUUGAGGAUACCAAUCUGUGUGCGAUUCAUGCCAAGAGGGUUACCAUCAUGCCCAAAGAUGUUCAGUUGGCUCGCCGUAUCCGUGGGGAGCGUGCUUAG